UAUUCAUCAAUAAAGAAAAUGCUGACAAGUUCUUGGAAAGAACAAAACGUGCUAACUCUUUCUGGGAGGAAUUUAAGAAAGGGAAUAUUGAAAGAGAAUGCAAUGAGGAGCGCUGCUCUAAAGAAGAAGCAAGAGAAGCAUUUGAAGACCAGGAAAAAACUGAGGAAUUCUGGAACAUCUAUGUAGAUGGGAACCAGUGCAGCUCAAGUCCUUGUCAGUAUGGUGGACAUUGUAAAGAUGGAAUUGGUUCCUACACUUGCUCAUGCUUGGAUGGUUAUCAAGGCAAGAACUGUGAAUUUGUCAUACCAAAGUACUGCAAAAUAAACAAUGGUGACUGUGAGCAGUUCUGCAGCAUCAAAAGCAGUGUACAGAAGGAUGUUUUGUGUUCCUGUGCAAAAGGGUAUGCUCUAGCAGAGGAUGGCAAACGCUGUGUUUCGAAAGUAAAAUAUCCUUGUGGAAAAGUUUUUGUGAAAAGAAAAAAAAGGUCGGUUAUUUUACUCACUGAUAACAGCAAUGUAACGGGUGAUCCAGAUGUGGCUCCCACAUAUGAAACAAAUUUGGAAGAGGACAUUGUUAUUACCACAGAAAGCCCAACCCUCCGUCCUGACAGUGAAACAAAUAGCAAUACUCAAUAUGUCAAUACCAGGAUAGUAGGUGGUGAUGAGUGUCUGCUUGGUGAAUGUCCAUGGCAGGCUGUUCUGUUAAAUGAGGAAGGGGAAGAGUUUUGCGGUGGAACUAUUUUGAAUGAAAAUUUUAUACUUACUGCAGCUCAUUGCAUGAACCAAUCUAAAGAAAUCAAAGUUGUUGUUGGUGAAGUGGACAGAGAAAAGAAAGAACAGUCUGAAACGAUGCAUACUGUGGACAAAAUAUUUGUUCACUCUAAAUACGUUGUCGAGACUUACGACAAUGACAUAGCCUUAAUAAAGCUGAAGGAACCUAUAAUGUUUUCCGAGUACAUUAUAGCAGCAUGCCUCCCAGAAGCAGACUUUGCUAAUGAAGUUCUGAUGAGCCAGAAAUCUGGGAUGGUCAGUGGCUUUGGGCGUGAAUUUGAAGGUGGACGGCUAUCCAAAAAACUUAAAGUGCUCGAAGUUCCCUAUGUUGAUAGGAACACUUGCAAGCAAUCCACUAACUUUGCGAUAACAGAAAACAUGUUCUGUGCUGGUUAUGAAACAGAGCAAAAAGAUGCUUGUCAAGGAGACAGUGGAGGUCCCCAUGUAACCAGAUAUAAGGAUACUUACUUUGUUACUGGAAUUGUUAGUUGGGGAGAAGGAUGUGCGAAGAAAGGCAAAUAUGGUGUCUAUACCAAACUGUCCAGGUUCUUACGCUGGGUAAAAGUAGUCAUGAGACAAAAUUUGUAG